AUCAAUUCCUAAUUCACACAAAAAUCCUUAUCCCACCAAUAGGCAGAAGCCAUUUCCUCCUCUGCCUUUCUCUCUUCUAUAUACCCUCUGUCACUGCUGACUGAGUAGUCUGAGCUGAAGUGCUCUCAAAACUAUGGAAGCUUACCAUACUUUGGCAUCUCCCAAGCUUCGCACUCCACAUCUCCUCAUCUUCUCCAUCUCCUCCGCGUUUCUCCUCGCGAACCUCGGAUUAACUGAGGGAGCGAAGCUCCAUCCUGACGAAGUGAAGGCAUUGAAUGACAGUGCAAAGAAGCUCGGGAAGACGGACUGGGAUUUCGGGUACGACCCAUGCAGCGGGAAGGGGAGCUGGAUGGCCUUCGAUGGGACGAAAGAAUUCAAGAGCAACGUCACCUGCGACUGCUCGAAGUCCUCGUGCCAUGUCGUCAGCAUAGCUUUGAUGGCACAGAAUUUAUCUGGUGUUGUACCCCCAGAGUUCUCGAGGCUUCGGUACCUCAAGACACUUGACCUCAGUCGCAACUGUCUCACCGGUUCUAUCCCUUCGAAAUGGGCCACAAUGCGCUUGGAGGAGCUCUCGUUCAUGGGGAACCGCUUGUCCGGGCGAUUCCCAAGGGCGCUCACCAACAUCACCAGUCUCCGAAAUUUGAGUAUUGAAGGGAACCGCUUUACAGGACCCAUUCCACCAGAAAUCGGAAAACUGGUUAACUUACAGAAGCUCAUCUUGUCAUCUAACAUGUUCACCGGGGAAUUGCCAAUACAGUUAUCCAAGCUCACGAACCUGGCUGAUAUGAGAAUCAGUGACAAUAACUUUUCUGGGAAGAUACCGGAAUUCAUUGGAAAAUGGAAACGCAUCGAGAAACUACAAAUGCAGGGUUGCUCUCUCGAGGGGCCAAUUCCUUCGAGCAUUUCAAGACUGACGAACUUAAGCGAUCUGAGGAUCAGUGAUCUAAGAGGAACCGAGUCUGAAUUUCCUCCAUUGAGUAAUAUGAAGCACAUGAAGGCUCUGAUUCUUAGGAAUUGCUUGAUUCAUGGAAAGAUCCCGAAAUAUAUCGGAUACAUGGAAAAACUCAAGAACCUAGACCUGAGCUUCAACAAAUUGACCGGGGAAAUUCCGACAUCCUUUUCGGGACUAACUAAAGUAGAUUUCAUGUACUUGACCGGGAACAACCUUAUGGGAACCAUACCGCGAUGGGUUCUAGAGAGAAACAAAAACGUGGAUAUAUCGUCCAAUAACUUCACUUGGGAAAGCUCGAGUCCUACAGAAUGCCCCCGAGGAAGCGUGAACCUAGUGGAGAGCUACUCAUCGUCGGCGAACAAAUUAACUAGAGUCCCCCCAUGCUUGAAGAAGAACUUCCCAUGCAGUGCCUCGAGAAAGCAACAUCAAUCUCACCUAUACAUUAACUGCGGAGGAAAGGAAAUAACUAUUGAUCGCAACAGAUACGAAGAUGAUUCUGAGCCCAGAGGAGCCUCAAUGUACUAUGUGGGUCAGGGGUGGGCUUUCAGCAGCACCGGGAACUUCAUGGACAAUAAUAUCGAUGGAGACGUCUAUAUCGAAACGAAUACUUCUGCUCUUUCAAAUAUCAGCACUUCUGAUUUGGGACUUUACACGACUGCUCGAGUUUCACCCAUUUCACUCACAUAUUACGGGCUCUGCCUCUUCCAUGGAAAUUACACGGUCAAGCUCCAUUUUGCAGAGAUAAAAUUCACGGAUGAUAACACGUAUAGUAGCCUGGGAAAGCGUAUAUUUGACGUCUACAUACAGGAGAGGUUGGUCCUGAAGGACUUCAACAUCGAAGAUGAGGCCGGUGGUGUUGGAAAGCCUAUUGUGAAGACAUUCACAACUAACGUCAGAAGCAACACGUUAAAGAUCCACCUUUACUGGGCUGGGAGAGGGACAACGGGCAUACCUGUGAGAGGAGUUUACGGACCUUUAAUAUCGGCCAUAUCAGUAUCUCCUAAUUUCAAGCCUCCGUCAGUCGAUGGGAAAAGGAAUUCUGUUCCCGUUGUGGCAGGAUCUAUCAGCGCAGCUCUAGUUCUUUCCUUCCUCAUCCUCGGUUUUAUGUACAGGAAAGGUUGGCUUGGAGGCAAAGUAACUGCAGAUAAAGAACUCAGAGGUCUUGAUCUACAGACAGGACUAUUUACAUUGAGACAAAUCAAAGCGGCUACCAAGAACUUCGAUCCUGCAAACAAACUCGGGGAGGGAGGGUUCGGUACAGUUUACAAGGGUAUGCUGUCAGAUGGAACAAUAAUUGCAGUGAAGCAGCUAUCCUCGAAAUCAAAGCAAGGAAACCGUGAGUUCGUGAAUGAGAUAGGGAUGAUCUCAGGAUUGCAACAUCCUAAUCUCGUAAAACUAUAUGGGUGUUGUGUCGAGGGAAACCAGUUGCUGCUUAUAUACGAAUACAUGGAAAACAAUUGCCUUUCUCGGGCUCUUUUCGAUAAAGACGCUACGGGCAGAUUAAGACUGGACUGGUCCACUAGACUGAACAUAUGUCUUGGGAUAGCUCAUGGUCUAUCUUACCUUCAUGAAGAAUCAAGACUGAGAAUUGUGCACAGAGAUAUUAAGACGAGCAAUGUCUUGCUCGAUAAGGAUCUUAAUGCCAAAAUUUCUGAUUUUGGUCUAGCCAAGCUGAAUGAAGACGGGCACACUCACAUCAGCACGAGAGUUGCUGGAACUAUUGGAUAUAUGGCUCCAGAGUACGCAAUGCGUGGAUACUUGACUGACAAGGCUGAUGUCUAUAGCUUCGGGGUGGUUGCGCUAGAAAUUGUUAGCGGGAAAAGUAACACAAACUACCGGCCAAAGGAAGAGUGUUUUUAUCUGCUUGACUGGGCCAAUGUUCUGCAAGAGAGAGGGAGUCUGUUGCAGCUGGUGGACCCGAACUUGGGCGCAGAGUACUCGAUCGAGGAAGCCAUGGUGGUGCUGAACGUGGCCCUGCUGUGCACAAAUGCAUCUCCAACUCUGAGACCAACAAUGUCUCAGGUGGUGAGCAUGCUCGAGGGAAAAACUGCCGUGCAGGACUUGCUGUCUGAUCCCGGGUUUUCGGCCGAGAAUGCAAAGUACAGGGCUAUCAGGAACCAUUUCUGGCAGCAUCCAAGCCGAACCCAGAGCAUGUCUAUUGAUGGUCCCUGUACUGACUCGAUAAGAUCGGACUCGGAGACCAACCAUCUCAUAAGAUUCGGCUCAAUCAGGUUGGAUGACGAGUAGAUGAAGGAAUCCUUAACCCAGUAAAAAAGGUAGUCUUUUCUAUAGUGUGAUAUCUUGCAAAUGUUAAUAAUUUUGUGCUUUCUCUGAGGAAAACAAAGGUUCUCCCUAUAUUCUACUAAAGUGUGUGCGCAAUCCAAUAUUUACCUGAAGGCUAAAUGUAUACGAAUUCACUACUAUUUAUAACCUGAUCGAGUUACUUAGAAUCA